UGCCAUGGUGGAUCCUCUCCAGACUGUGCAAAGAGGCACGCCUUGGAAGGGAAUGUCCGGCGCCCUGAAUCGGACCUGUGACGAUCGCUCAAUGAGUCUUCCUUCAGACCUAAAAGAAGAGGCAACUCCCCAGGUUUCGAAGACAGAGACAGCCAUUCCCCUGCGACAUUUUCAAUCAUCCAAGUCCACUCGUUCUUCUUCGCAAGGCAUCAAGGCACUCAGACAUUAACCAGUCAUUUGGUUGAAAGCACCUUUCACUCUAUCGCCAUGGACUUUGUCAACUCAACCUACAACGCGGCAGCGAGCUUCAUCCCCUAUGCAACCUCGCUGCCCAAGUCGGGCCAGAUGGCCUUUGUUGGCCCUUCGGUCAUCAAGCUCGACCCAUGGUCGGUCUUUGAUCGUGUCUAUACCAUGGUCGCAGGACAGUCCACCAAAGACUUCCGUUUCGUUGAGGGCGUGACCCCAAUGUCGACCUUCAAGGAGACUGCCGCCUUCAUUGCGACCUACUACUUGGUCAUUUUUGGUGGUCGUGAGAUCAUGCGCAACAGGCCCGCCAUGCAACUGAACAACCUUUUCCUCAUCCACAACUUCUACCUCACAGCCAUUUCUGGAGGUCUGCUUCUCUUGUUCGCUCAGCAACUCGUCCCAGAUCUCUGGAGGAACGGCCUCUACGACGGUGUCUGCGGCGCAACUGGGUGGUCACAGAAGUUGCUUGUCCUCUAUUACCUCAACUACCUCACCAAAUACCUUGAGCUGCUGGACACCGUCUUUUUGGUCUUGAAGAAGAAGCCAUUGACUUUCCUCCACACCUACCACCAUGGCGCCACUGCACUUCUUUGCUACACUCAGCUUGUUGGACAAACUUCUGUUUCCUGGGUGCCCAUCACUCUCAACUUGGGAGUUCACGUGGUCAUGUACUGGUACUACUACCAAUCGGCGCGAGGAGUUAAGGUUUGGUGGAAGCAGUACAUUACCAUGUUCCAAAUCACCCAGUUCAUCCUGGAUCUCGGCUUCAUCUACUUUGCCUGCUACACAUAUUUCGCCAACACAUACGCUCCAUGGAUGCCUCACGCCGGAACCUGCGGUGACAAACGCCAGGAAGUUGCUGCCUUCACUGGCUGUGUCAUUCUCUCCUCGUAUCUGGUUCUCUUCAUCAUGUUCUACUUCUCAACCUACAAGAAGCCAUCAACCAAGAAGGCUUUGAAGAAAGCACAGAAGACUGAGGUACCAAGCAUGUCUGAGACUGCAGACAUUGCCACCGAUGUCGUCAAGUCGGCCACUGCUACCAUUGUCGAGACUGUCAACGAGAACAAAUGCCGCGCCUAAGAGAAGAUGAGAGA